GUGACAAACCCGGAUGUGACGGGCGCAAAAGGACGACGGGCACAAAAGGACGACGGGCGCAACAGGACGACGGGCGCAACAGGACGACGGGCGCAGCAGGACGACGGGCGCAGCAGGACGACGGGCGCAGCCGGACGACGGGCGCAGCCGGACGACGGGCGCAGCCGGACGACGGGCGCAGCCGGACGACGGGCGCAGCCGGACGACGGGCGCAGCCGGACGACGGGCGCAGCAGGACGACGGGCGCAGCAGGACGACGGGCGCAGCAGGACGACGGGCGCAGCCGGGCGACGGGCGCAGCCGGGCGACGGGCGCAGCCGGGCGACGGGCGCAGCCGGGCGACGGGCGCAGCCGGGCGACGGGCGCAGCCGGGCGACGGGCGCAGCCGGUCGACGGGCGCAGCAGGACGACGGGCGCAGCAGGACGACGGGCGCAGCAGGACGACGGGCGCAGCAGGACGACGGGCGCAGCAGGACGACGGGCGCAGCAGGACGACGGGCGCAGCAGGACGACGGGCGCAGCAGGACGACGGGCGCAGCAGGACGACGGGCGCAGCAGGACGACGGGCGCAGCAGGACGACGGGCGCAGCAGGACGACGGGCGCAGCAGGACGACGGGCGCAGCAGGACGACGGGCGCAGCAGGACGACGGGCGCAGCAGGACGACGGGCGCAGCAGGACGACGGGCGCAGCAGGACGACGGGCGCAGCAGGACGACGGGCGCAGCAGAACCUCCCCAGAGGCUCUGGAAAACAAGAUUUCCUUGUUUAAGAAGUUCAAUUUAGAAUUAUUUGAAACUGUGGGCGGGCGCAGCAGGACGACGGGCGCAGCAGGACGACGGGCGCAGGAGGACGACGGGCGCAGGAGGACGACGGGCGCAACAGGACGACGGGCGCAACAGGACGACGGGCGCAACAGGACGACGGGCGCAACAGGACGACGGGCGCAACAGGACGACGGGCGCAACAGGACGACGGGCGCAACAGGACGACGGGCGCAAAAGGACGACGGGCGCAACAGGACGACGGGCGCAACAGGACGACGGGCGCAGCAGGACGACGGGCGCAACAGGACGACGGGCGCAACAGGACGACGGGCGCAACAGGACGACGGGCGCAACAGGACGACGGGCGCAACAGGACGACGGGCGCAACAGGACGACGGGCGCAACAGGACGACGGGCGCAACAGGACGACGGGCGCAACAGGACGACGUGCGCAACAGGACGACGGGUGCAACAGGACGACGGGCGCAAAAGGGCGACGGGCGCAAAAGGGCGACGGGCGCAAAAGGGCGACGGGCGCAAAAGGGCGACGGGCGCAAAAGGGCGACGGGCGCAAAAGGGCGACGGGCGCAAAAGACCCGGCGCAAAAGGACGCCGGGCGCAAAAGGACGCCGGGCGCAACAGGACGCCGGGCGCAAAAGGACGCCGGGCGCAAAAGGACGCCGGGCGCAACAGGACGCCGGGCGCAACAGGACGCCGGGCGCAACAGGACGCCGGGCGCAACAGGACGACGGGCGCAACAGGACGACGGGCGCAAAAGGACGACGGGCGCAAAAGGACGCCGGGCGCAACAGGACGGCCGACUAG